UUUGCAAACAUGAAAAGUUUUGUCCUAGCCAUCGCUCUACUGUUCCUUACGGGAACUCAAGCUCGUUUCCCUUGGCAAAAUGAGGAACCUCAGACACCCAUCCAGCAUUACCGGGAGGUGGUUGAGAGCUACCUACAGAAGAUACAGGACAUUGGCAAGGAGGCUGCUACACAGGCAGAGUCUUCAGACAUUGCAAAACAGCUUGAUUUGAAAAUCAGAGAGAGGUUUGAUUCCUUCAGUGCUAAUGCUCUGGCUUUGAGGAAACAGCUGAACCCCUAUGUGGAGAAAAUCAGGGAAGAAGUAUCUGCAGAGCUGCAGAAAGAUAUCCCCCUCCUCAAAGAAAAGAUCCGUCCCUAUAUUGAAACCUUCCACAAUAACUGGGGUGUUAAAGUAAAGUCUUUUAAAGAGAAUAUUGCACCACUGGUGGAUCAGCUGAAGCAACAGACCAGGGAUAAUGUGGAGGGAUUUUACAAAAGUGUCCAGCCCCAGCUUGAAGACCUCAGAGAAACACUGCGUUCUGAAGUCGAUAGUUUGAGAGCCAACAUUGCCCCAUACAAGCAGGAACUGAGGCAAAAGCUGGUUGAGAAAUUUGAAGAGGUGAAAGCCAACACUGGUCCUAAAGCAGAAGAAUACAGAGCCCAGGUAGCCCAGCAUGCUGAAAACCUAAAACAGAGACUCGGACCCGUGAUUGAGAACCUCAAAGAGCAACUCCUGCCCAAAGUAGAGGAAGCCAAAGUAAAGCUGGCCGAGCUGUGGCAGACUCUGAAAGCCAAGGCCGCUGAACGCUACGCCUAAACAUAAUUGCCUAUUUCCAGUGACUGUAUGAAGACAUGGUGCUAGAAAAGCCAAAUUCCAUCCUGCUAUAUUCCUGCUUUUCCACCAUAAGCACUCUGUUUACCGAAGAGGAACAAAUACCCAUUCUGCUGCUCCAAGCACAACGAGCUUAAAUGUA